AUGCUGAGGCCGCGGGGUGCGGAGGAAGCCGCGCAGCUCGCCCCUCGGCGUGCCCGCGUCCUGGUCCCCGCAUCCAGACCCGCGGUCCCCGACGUGUCUCCGGCUUCCACCCGCCUGGGUCUUGCCUGCCUGCUACUGCUGCUGCUGCUGACUCUGCCAGCCCGUGUAGACACAUCCUGGUGGUACAUAGGGGCACUGGGAGCCCGAGUGAUCUGUGACAACAUCCCUGGUUUGGUGAGCCGGCAGCGGCAGCUGUGCCAGCGCUACCCAGACAUCAUGCGUUCAGUGGGUGAAGGUGCCCGAGAAUGGAUCCGAGAGUGUCAGCACCAGUUCCGCCAUCACCGCUGGAAUUGCACCACACUGGACCGGGACCACACUGUCUUUGGCCGUGUCAUGCUUAGAAGUAGCCGGGAGGCAGCGUUUGUUUAUGCCAUCUCGUCAGCAGGAGUGGUUCACGCUAUCACUCGGGCCUGUAGCCAGGGUGAACUGAGUGUGUGCAGCUGUGACCCAUACACCCGCGGUCGGCACCACGACCAGCGAGGGGACUUUGAUUGGGGCGGCUGUAGUGACAACAUCCACUAUGGUGUCCGCUUUGCCAAGGCUUUUGUGGAUGCCAAAGAGAAGAGGCUUAAGGAUGCCCGGGCCCUCAUGAACCUGCAUAACAACCGCUGUGGUCGCACGGCUGUGCGGCGCUUUCUGAAGCUGGAAUGUAAGUGUCACGGUGUGAGUGGCUCCUGCACGCUACGCACCUGCUGGAGGGCACUCUCAGACUUCCGCCGCACUGGUGACUACCUGAGGCGGCGGUAUGAUGGGGCAGUGCAGGUGACCGCCACCCAGGAUGGCGCCAAUUUCACAGCAGCCCGCCAAGGCUAUCGCCGCGCCACCCGGACUGAUCUUGUCUACUUUGACAACUCCCCUGACUACUGUGUCCUGGACAAGGCUGCAGGUUCCCUAGGUACCGCAGGCCGCGUCUGCAGCAAGACCUCUAAAGGAACAGAUGGUUGCGAAAUCAUGUGUUGUGGCCGAGGGUACGACACAACUCGGGUCACCCGCGUCACCCAGUGCGAGUGCAAAUUCCACUGGUGUUGUGCUGUGCGGUGCAAAGAGUGCAGGAAUACUGUGGACGUCCACACUUGCAAGGCUCCUAAGAAGGCAGAGUGGCUGGACCAGACCUGAACACAGAUACCUCUUUCAUCCCUCCACUUCAAGCCUCCAUCUCAAAAGCACAAGAUCUUUGCAUGCACACCUUCCUCCACCCUCAAUCCUGGGCUGCUACAGCUUCUCUUGUGGACUUGGAGAGUGAUCCAGGGGGACCCCAAUGUCCUGGCUGGUUCCUUAGCCCUAGGAAGGAGUUGAUAGGGGAUGGGUAUGAGAGUGAGUGGCUCCCUGCUAUUCCACCUGGAGGUUUGAAGGGAGAGUAGAAGAGGUAGGAGUUCUCUCCAGAGUGAUCUGAGUUGCACUAAAGUCAAGGCUCAUUGUCCCCUUUGCUUGCACUGACUUCUGCUACUCUUUGGGUA